CUAAUAAUGAAUCUUUGGAUGGAAAAAAUGGAGCAUCCAUUAUGUGGCGUAUACAUUUUGAGUUCUUUCAGCCUAAUUAGAAAUUCAGAAUAUUUCAAAAUGUUGGCCGUAGUAUCAUAACUUCCAUUCACAUCUUUCAUCCCAUUAUCCAUUUUUUAUAUUCUACUCUAUAAAUAGAGAUUCAAACAACCAAAUCUUACUCCAAACAUCCUAUAUCCUUUUUUUUAUUCCGAAAAAUGGAUCUUGAUCUUAUUCCUCUCUUACUAACCAUAGUCUUCAUCCUGUCGGUUGUGAAAUUAGGAACAGAAUUCAGAACCAAGAAGAAUAAUAAUACUUCAGCAAAAUCUCAGCUUCCUCCGGGGCCAUGGAAACUGCCUUUGAUUGGAAACUUGCAUCAACUUGUGGGCUCUCCACCUCACUUGACCCUGAGGGAUUUGGCCAACAAAUAUGGACCAAUUAUGCAUCUUCAGUUGGGUGAAAUUUCCACCAUUGUUGUUUCCUCUCCAGAAACAGCAAAACAAGUACUUCAGACUCAUGAUCUCAACUUUGCUUCAAGACCCCCAAUUGCUGCCUCAGAAAUCAUUGCUUACAAUUCCACCAACAUCGCUUUCGCUCCCUACGGCGAUUACUGGAGACAACUGCGUAAAAUCUGCACAUCCGAGCUUUUAAGCCUGAGUCGGGUUCAGUCCUUUCGACCCGUCAGGGACGAAGAAACUUCGACCCUCAUGCAAUCGAUAGCGAGCAAUGCAGGAUCAUCAGUAAAUCUCACAAAGCUCAUUAUAUCAUCAGUUUACGCUGCCACAACCAGGGUAGCUUUUGGGAAGAAGAACUCGGAACGAGAGGCAUUCAUUUCCACAGUCCAUGAAUUUCUUCAAUUGGCAUCAGGGUUCAGCUUUGAUGACAUUUAUCCUUCCAUGAAGCUCCUUCAUGUGUUCAGUGGGGUGAAGUCCAAAUUGAAUAGUCUGCAUAAGAAGGCAGAUAGAAUACUCAAUAACAUUAUCAAGGACCACAAAUCAGGCUUCGCUGCAAAUACUGGUAAUAAUAAUCAUCCUGAUCAAGCUCACAGAGAUCUUGUGGAUGUUCUGUUAAAGUAUCACGACGAUGAAAACCUGGAUUUUUCCCUGACUAAUGAUAACAUUAAAGCUGUGCUUCUGGAUAUUUUUACUGCUGGAAGCGGGACAUCAGCCAAGACGGUAGAUUGGGCAAUGCUGGAGAUGAUUAAGAAACCAAGAAUCCUGGAAAAGGCACAAGAAGAAGUAAGGGAAGUUUUUAAGAGUAAAGGGAGAGUGGAUGAAAGCAGCUUAGAUAAAUUAAAGUACAUGAAAUCAGUUAUAAAAGAGACAUUAAGGUUACAUCCACCAGCGCCUUUACUGCUUCCAAGGCUGGCCAAUGAAAGAUGUGAAAUCAACGGAUACGAAAUACCAGCCAAAACCCGAGUCCUUGUGAAUGCUUGGGCCAUUAACAGACACCCUUCAUACUGGAAUGAUGCAGAAACUUUUUACCCGGAAAGAUUUCUUGAUGGUAAGUUUGAUUUCAAGGGGACGAAUUUCGAAUACAUCCCGUUUGGUGCUGGAAGAAGAAUUUGUCCUGGAAUUCAGUUUGGUAUGGCCACCGUUGAGCUUCUGCUUGCAAAAUUACUGUAUCACUUUGACUGGAGUUUGCCUGAUGGAAUGAAACCGGAGGAGUUGGACACGGCAGAAGCCUUCGGGCUCUCGGUGAAAAGGAAAAAUGAUCUCCAUUUAAUCCCUAUGGUCUUUGACAUUGUUGUGUGA